AUGAUCUCCUCUACGCAAAUAUCGAGGCUUGAUGGUCUCAUGCUCUGCGCCUCGGUCGAUGAUGAACAGGCCGAGUCCACUCUCGUAGAGACCAAGCAAAACGUGCGCCAAGUCCUUCGCAAGCUCACCCGCAACUCCGAGUCGCAAGCAUCCAUCGAGACGCCCAACCACACACUGCACUACCUUAUCGACUCCGAUAUCGUCUUCCUCGCCAUCUGCGCCCCCUCGUACCCCCGAAAGCUCGCCUUCACCUACCUGGCCGACCUCGCCCGCGAGUUCACCACCACCUAUCCAGCCUCCCAGGUUCACUCGCCAGCCCUGAGGCCAUAUGCCUUCAUGGAGUUUGACACCUUCAUCUCAAAGACAAAGACCACCUACGCCGACUCGCGCGCCUCGGCUAACCUCGACAAGCUCAACGACGAGCUGCGUGAUGUUACAAAAGUCAUGACCAAGAACAUUGAGGAUCUGCUCUACCGUGGAGAUAAUCUGGAGCGCAUGGGCGAGAUCAGCUCGAGGCUGCGCGACGACAGCAAAAAGUACCGCCGGGCUGCGGUGCGUAUUAACUGGGAGCUGCUUCUCAAGCAAUACGGACCCAUUGGUGCCCUUGGGUUCAUCAUUGUUUUCUUCCUGUAUUGGCGGUUCUUCUGGUAA